AUGCUUCUUAUCCGUAUGCAACGACGGGUUGCAGCUGGCAAGCUGAAGCGAAAUUUGGUGGUACCAGUGAGUUCUGCUGCACUUACUUGCUUUAAAUUCAUAUCGGGGAUAAGUGCUUCAAAAAUCGACGAGUUUUUUGGCACUGAGUCUGCGUUUGGAGGCACAAAAAAACUGUGUGGGAGUCGAACACGUUACAGUGGAGCGACCGUCACACAGAAAAACGGAAUGAUUAAAGGGAUAAGAGGAGAAAAUCCAAGGACUCCUUAUAAGGGCUCUCCAAGUAGGGUGGAGAAUAGCUGUACUUUCGUUUAGAAAUUGGCAGUUGUUCAACGGCCGGCGGUUCGCUGUGUCUGGCCAUGUCGUUGUGGAAGAACCUGCAGAUGUUUGAAGUCCAUUUUAUUUUUUGCUCUCAAACAUUUCUUAUAGUGCGGCCAUUUAGUUCGCUUUUCUUCGGUAUUUAGCAUCGUUCGAAAAAACAUUUUCCUGCUUAUCUCGGCAUAUGCGUUUAUGUUACAAUAGAUUUGGCCUUCUAGACCUGCUAGCCCAUCAAUAAGGUUGCCCUUUCAAUGCAUUUGAAGGGGAUAGUCAGUGCUCGGUAUGAUUUACCUCUCGCGGAAAGAAUACGGCUUGUAGUUUGGAAACCCCGAACGCAUGUGUAACGUCAGUUCGGGUUUACACUUAUUGGGAAAGUUCUUUUAAAACCAAAGAAUAUUCUGUCUUUAAGUGUAAAGUUUAAAUAUGAUGUAAUUUGCCACUAAAUGACUGAAAGAAAAUAUAUUUUGCACAUAUUUUCCAUUAAAUAUAUUUUGAUUUAUAAGGGUAUCAAAAAACAAUGGGAAAAACUCAUGCUACUCAGGUAGUCAUUUUUUACUGAAUUCAGCUUGUUAAAGUGGUCGAUAAGAAGUUCAUAUUGACCCAACUGUAAAAACUCGGCGCCUCGGUGGGAUUCGCACCCACGCAGUAAGGAGAAGGCUUUAGUACAGCCAACGCUCUAACCAACUUGAAUAAUUCAAAAUCUGCCAAAAUAUCUAUGAAUUACGUGAACCUGUUAGUCAUCUGGUGGAUUCUAGGUGAAUUACUUAGGAAAUCCCGCCUGGGCAGUCAACUUACUGUAUCAGAUUUGGUGGAUUCCAGACGUUGCAGUAGGUUGGCGGGUAACUUGACCCAAGUGUGAUAAAACUCGCGUCGUCCGGCGGGGCCUCGUAGCUGAGGUCUUUAGAGCGUUGGCUGUACUAAAGCCUUCUCCUUACUGCGUGGGUUCGAAUCCCACCGAGGCGCCGAGUUUUUCACAGUUUGGUCAAUAUGCAUUAUUCAAAAUCUGCCAAAAUACCUAUGGAUAAGAAGUUCGUUCGAAAUCCGGCAUCCUGACACGACAGGAGUAUCUGAGCCUUAUUCAACAUGUCGAUUACUACGACAACCCAUUUGAGUAUUUUUUUCGAAUGCAAAACGCAAUUUAUAAUUUUGGUUAUUUUAUGGAAUAGCAUAGCAACUGUCGGUCCGCCGCCGGGGACACUUAAUGCGACACUCAUGUUAACCUCGUUGAUAACAUUCUGUGCUACUCGACUAGUAUAAGGAACAAAGUGUCCAUGUAUGAAGACAUUCAUUUUUCGUGGGCUAAAGUCGCCGCAUCAUCAGGAAUCUCCGCAUAUGCUCGGAAAACACAACAUAAAGUGUAUUUUAGCCAUCCGUGACACUGUCCAGAAAGCUGUUAUCCAGCCCUCCUCGGGUGUCCUUACCAGAAGAAUUCCCUUUAUUAUUAUUAUUUUCUUGAUUUUUUAGCCAUCUUAUCGUUCUGAGACUAUAGUUUCACGCCUUCUGCGUGUUUGGGUUGCAUGCAGCUCUGUCUGUGCAUACGCAUAGAGGCUCAUAAUCGAGACCAAUUUAUUGAUUUUUGUGGAAUUCCCCAUGCCUCGAGCGGCCGGUUAAGUGAUGCCAAGAUCAAACUGCAUAGGCCGGAACUGUGAUCAUCGUGUUACCUUGCACAGUGCAUUUUAUCUGAUUCUCUAAUUUCGGUAGGUUUGGGGACGGUUUUCUCCGCUUUAGCCACUUUAGACAGGUAGGCCCCUCAUAGCUGUUUGGGUCUAGAAGGUCUGCCUAUCUACGGAGCGUUGCCUUGGGUUUGCCUAAGAGAGUAACUACCUUUUGCAGUGUCAGUGCGUGGGUGACGGUCUUAUGUCAUCAUUCCCGUCCUCGCUGGGUGCCGAGUUGACCUGCGCCUGAGUCACGUGUGGUAACCGAUUCACACAUUCUACGUUUCUAUGCCUCUAAAGACCACACUGAGGCUUCUCAAAUGUGUUUUGACGCCCAUAGGGCCCGGAGGUGGGAAUGCAGUUUACUGCACUGCUUUUUUCAAAUCUGUCGUGCUCACAGGCGAUAUUCCCUCUUCUUUGCAGUUCAGAAGUUUAACAGUUUAUGCAGAUUUCGCGCCAUUAUUAUUAAUGGCUGUUUUUCCAGUCCGCUGGUUUAGUCGAUUGAACUCCACCGGAUGCCUGUAUAAGCUAACAUUAUGAUUAAAUAUGGAGCCAGGCUGGUCGAUUUUACACGGCGCAGAUCGAAAGUUAAGUCUAUCAGACUGCGCCCAUACCUGUUCAGUAGCUUAACGUGAGUAGCUUGAAUUGACUAAUAGAGCUGAUCUGUCCUUGUUGGGUUGGCCGGUCUACGACCGCUCAAUUGCUUAAGGAACUGACCCCCGAGUGACUUGCCUCAAAAACGUGCCUCGUUGGAACGGAGUCUGGAAAACCGCCAUUCGUUUUUUGAUAUCGUAACUUGUGUGUUGCUUCUCUUCUACAUCUACCUACGUUUCCAGUCAACGUGUCCUCUCGCACUAAGCAGCCAUCUUUUCUGCUGAUUCUCGAAUUGAUCGUUGCUUUUGUUACCAGGGCGUGGUGCUUACAGGUGGGCUAACUCAUGAAAUGUCAGCAGAAAUUCCGAAAUGCGUUUCCGUUUCGGAAAGAUUAAUUAAGUAGGUUUGUUAAAGCAAUCAUUGUGCAGCAUACUUCUAUAAUAAUUCAGUUACCCUAGGGCGCCGACUUUCGAACAAACUUCCGUCUACCUGCUUCCAAAAACCAUACUCCGUAGAAAGUGACUGCUUAAGUAGCAUGCAUUUUUUCACUGAAUUUCGAUGCCCUUAAAGAUUCAAUUAUAUUUCAUGGAAAACAUGCAUAAAAAUAUUUAUUAUUUUGCUCAUUUAGUAGAUAAUUACGUCUUCUUUCAAUUUUACAUUCGAAGGAAGGGUAUAAAUUGGCUUUAAAAAGUUUCUAAUUGUGAGGUUUUUUAGUACCGUGAAAUGGUCCUUCAUGAAACUUCAUGUAUUGCAUUUGCCAAUGUGGCUCAAAUCCGCUGCUUAAUUUUAUGAACCCUAUAUGGUCCCUCUUUAUUACCGUAGAGAAAUAUAUGGUUUUCCGUACGUGGAAAUUAUACAGCUUUUAGUCUGGGAACCCUAAAUACAAUUGUAACGGCAGGUUGGGUUCAAAAUUAUUCGGGAAUUGGAAAAGUUUUAUAAAACCGAAUUCUUCCCUUCCUUCGAGUGCAAGAUUAUAAGAAGAAGUAAUUUUCUACCGAAUGAGCAAAAGAAUGGAUAUUUUUAUGCAUCUCUUGCAUGAAAUAUAAUUGAAUCUUUAAGAGCAUCGAAAAUCAAUGAAAAAAUGCAUGCCACUUAAGUAGUCAUUUGUACGGAGUAUGGUUUAUGGAUGCAGGCAAAAAUUAGUUUGUUCGAAAGCCGGCGUCCUGGGGUAACUGAAUUACUGUAGAAGUAUGCUGUACGAUGAUUGUUUUUACAACCCUACGUAAUUAAUCUUUUCGAAACGGAGACGCAUUUCGGAAUUUCUGUUGAGAUUUCAUGAUUUAGCCCAUUUACUGUAGGUCUAAUUGUUUUCAGCUCACAUUAAGGAACUGGAAAUUGUGGGUAAAGAUUAUGUGCAACGUUUUAUGGACCGUCGACAGCAUACUGUCUGCUUCAAACUCCUAUACUUAGUCAGGCCGAUCAAUUCCGCUGAUUGGUUCGGUAGUAAACGACACAAUUUGUUCCAGCAGGAGCAUGAAACGCUAGGUACUCACUAGUAGACCGAACAUCUCGCAACUGACUCGACUGCAACGGAAAAAAUCGACUUAACACGUGUCUGGACUUUUAGCCAGGCUCCAUGCUGUCGGCAUGGCGAAUCGUACAUUACAUGUUCCACCGAUUCAGGCAUUUUUUUAUACACCAUGCCCAAAACACGACAUAUUCGAGGUCAUGAGGUCUUUUAGAAUUCCUAUCUGAUUAGUGACCACACAAUCCUUGUAAUCCAUUUUCCGCCUACAGAGAAAUAACUCCCAGUUCAGUGAAGAACAUGAGAUAGUGGUAGUGGAUUCGGACAACAGAAACGGCGGGCAGGUCGAGGACUCCCCGGUCCUCUCUGCCGGCGACUGUGAUUUCUCCAUCGUCGUCUCCCACGAGGAUGCCCAUGAGAGGCGGCAACCCAAGCGCUGUGAUUCCCCACAAAACUUCAAGGUCUCCCGCACCCGCGAAUACCACACAGCGUCGCGGGUCUCGGCGCGUCGCACACAACCAUCCCCACGGCCCUCGAGUCCGCACUCUUCCACACCGGACACACCCGUCUCCGAGUCCGGGAGUUCUUCCUCACCGUCCCGCCACUGCCAUUGCAGGCACGGUGACCGCAGCCUGCACGGUCGCACUAAGCGCUCCGUCAGUGGCAGUCGUUCUACGCUUGGUCCCUGUGGUCCGAACUGUAGCAGCGGUCUCACCAGGGGCGUGGAGUCCUGCAAUCACGGUGCGGCAAGUAUGUACGAGUCCCUGCCCCGAACGAGGCGCCGGACCCCCUGCCCGUCAGACCAGCGCAGUUGCUGUCGCCCCUCAGACUACUCGCAGGCGGAAUGUGAGUGCUGUUCAGAGCACGCUGCAACUCUGCCCGGCUCGUAUGCCAACUUGCCACCCCAAAUAAGCGGCCGAACUCCACAUCUGCGACAUGGCGGGUCACUGAAGAUCUUCCGAAAUGUUCGUAUGUCACACGAUCUGGCCCGAGAGCGGGAGGUCAUUGACGAGCUGUCGCCGGACGUCUACUGGAAUGACAGUCCAGGGAAGCACGGGUAGGCUUCCUUAUUGCCCCUUAGCUUAUUCGUUUCGCUCUUCCUAGAACCUAGAGAACAGAAGCAAGUUACCACUUGUCAUUUGUGUAUUUAUUCCCUGAAAUACUUCUGGAUCAUUAUGCAAACGAGGCACGGAUCCGUCACGAUGAACCGGUGAGAAGACGUUAGAUUUCGGAAUAGCGCCAUGAAAAGAGGACAUUGGGACUUCCAUAACCGGUCGGAUGCGCUAUAUGCGCAGGUUUUUGAAAGCCAUGCCGCGUUGUGCUGCAGCAGUAUUUGAGGUCUUGUUGGAGCCUUGCUCUAAAACGGCUGAGUUCGAGCUCUGCCUCGUAAGGUUUUCUCUAAUGACACCCAUUAGUUGGUGCCAACGCAAAAUCACUAUUGGUAACAACUUGGCCAUGCACUAUACGAGGAGAUUCUGACGGGCAGACUAAUUCCACCGUGUGGUGAGAUGUGGUCAAAAGUUGUCUGCAGUUGCGUGCUAGUUGGUAAGUCAGGAAUGGGCGCGCACUGAUCUAUUGGCUUCACGAAACAAACAAGCUCCGUAUGGGUGGCAAAGGUCACGAACAGGCAACCAAUUACCAGGCCGAAGUCGGCUAAGCUAUCAUAGCAGAGCGGAUACGACAGAGUCUGGGGAGUAGAUUGAUACAGCACUGUUUCGGGCUUGUUUGCCUUCAUUCAGCCAACCAUAACCCUGACCACCAGCUGGGACCGGAAACACAAACAUGCGCAUAGACGCACCUGGCGCAGUUGGUCCACCACGGGGGUCUACCAGAUGGGUCAUAAGCGCUUCAUCGAACCGAAGUUCAUCAGUGCCUCGCCACCUGUCAUUCUCUGUCGCUGUAGAUCGGGUAUUUAUUCAAUCAGAAAUGGCGCACACCGAUCUAUUGGCUUCACAAAGCAAACAAGCUCCGUAUGGGUGGCAAAGGUCACGAACAGGCUUGUUUGCUUCGUGAAGCCAAUGGAUCGGUGUGCGCCCAUUCCUGAUUGAAUAAAUACCCGAUCUACAGCGACAGAGAAUGACAGGUGGCGAGGCACUGAUGAACAUCGGUUUGAUGAAGUGCUUAUGACCCAUCUGGUAGACCCCAGUGGUGGAUCAACUGCGCCAGGUGCGUCUGUGCGCAUGUUUGUGUUUCUGGUCCCAGCUGCUGGUGGUCAGGGUUAUGGUUGGCUGGAUGAAGGCGCAAUAGGCGCGAAACAAUACUGUAUCAAUCUACCCGCAUUCUCUAUCGUCCCUUCGCGCAGUUAGUAAGUCGUUAACGACACUGGUAACCGCUGUUCUGGGAAAACAGGGCCACCUAUGCGUGAGCUGUAUUACAGUGAGGGGAACAUAUGUAGCACUGACUUCCGCGUCCAUCGUGGGCUAAUGGUAAGAAAAGGUCAAGAUAUGUGUGUCUGGAUACGUGCGAGGUGGCAGUGUCUGACCGGCCACCCCAUUUCGUCCAUUUGUGCCACAUGUGUGUUGAUUCCUCACAGCGUGUGAACCAUACAUUCUCGUCAUUUGGCCACAUUAUGGGGAGGAUCCACUGAACUUAGACCCACAGUUCAAAAAUUGGAUUUACCCCAUCAGUUAACGUGUAGAUUUUCCAAAUCAGUCCCUCAUGCUGCUUAGUUUUUUUACUGUAUAUUUUACAGUGCAAGGCGUUCCUCCUCACGCCGCAGGCUGCAGCUGACUGCUCUAGAUUCCGGAGAGGAACAGGUCUAUGCGCCCUAUUCGAGACGUCCUCGAGACAUGAGGGAAAAUCGUCUCGGCUACUCUACUGGCACUGGACUGGAUCAGCUAGCAAUCGAGGAACUGGCUCGCAGUGUAACUAACCUUAAGUCUGACAUUGAACGGCUUACGCUUCAGCAGCAAUCCCUUAUGGACUCAACGGCAGCACGAAACACCGAUUCCCCAACCGUGGACGAUG